AUGGCAGAAACGGAGAUAUACACCGACGAAGACCUCACAAAUCUAAAUUCACUAGAUUUAGCAGCACUCUGGACAGAAUUACACCAGCGCCUCAAACCAGAAACCCACCGACUCACACAUGGCGAAUUCUGCGCAUUCCGCGGAGCUCUAAUACGGAAUCCGAUCUUGGCAGCAGCCGCAGAUCUAGACGAAGAUUAUCCGGGACUUUUCCAAAAAGUCCAAUAUUACCUGAAGAAUCCGCUUUCCAAAGACUACCUAUGUCGCGCCGCAGGAUCUUUCCCAGACCACGCGACCGUGCUUCAAAGAGCUAGUACCCUGAACAGUGAUGUCGAGUACAACAAUGACAAAAACUCCAAGUCGAACAAAGACAAUGACCCCGAGGCCACGGUAACCGAGCCAGAUCUAGUUACCGGCGCUAUUAUUGCCGAUUGUGAGUACUGCGUGACUUGGCUUUAUGAAUUAAGUAUUAUCAAGUCUGGACACGUGGGUUAUAAUGAGCAUGGAUGGUCGCUUCUGGGCGUGGCUGUUAAAGCCGAUGCGAGGAAGGUGAUUGAAGUAUUGAUAAAUCAUUCCGGCGAUGAGCCUGGGCCUAUUCAACCGUAUAGAAUAUGGUCCGAUGGGAGGGAAGCAUCCUCAAUAUUGAAAUAUGCCGUGUCGGCGCACUAUCCUAAUCUUGGUCAUGAUAAUUGUUUCUGGGCACUGCUGGAGUGGUGUGAUUCUUUUAUGGAAGAAGACGACUCCCGAGUUAAGGCCGAGCUAGACCCAUUGGACCAAUACAAAAUUAGUCAAUUAGGCUCAGUUCGAGUUGCGAAUCUAUUGAAGACUUUCGCGGUCGAUUUGUCUCAGACUGCUUCGGGACCGCAGGGAGAGGGAAUAUGGCAUGCUGCGGCAGUUCAUCAGAAUACUGUAUUCUUGACAUGGUUGAAUCAGGUUUAUCGCUCGGGGAUCAGUGAUCUCGAUGAUCAGGGUAGAACACCUCUAGUGUACGCGAUCCGACGUGGGAAACUGCAAGCUGUGGAAUGGUUUCUUCAAGAAUUGCGCCCGCAUGAGAUCGUCUUGAAGGGGGAUUCUCCAGGACAACUUAUACCCUCGCCACUAGAUAACGCAAUCGAGGCUUUGAAUGUGCAUUGUGUUGCUAUUCUAAGAUGUGUCUAUACACACAAUACCUACGAGCAUUUAUCGAAUGAUACAAACGCCAUUAUAGAAAAUAUAAACCGAUUGAUAACCAGCUCAGACGCGCAAAAACGCAAGAUUGAGACGCGAUUUCGAAAUGGUAUGCUUACUGACGGGCAGCGUCGGAUUCUUUGGAGGAUUGCUCGUGAAUGCGCUGGAGAGAAGUGUCAGGUUCUUCUUGAGGGUGCCCCGUCUAUCAUUUUCUAUAAUGUGGCUUUUCGGAAAUGCUUAGAGACUGCCAAAAAGUGCGAUGUGGGGUUUCUUCAGUAUUAUUUAACUGACGAUAGAACAAAGAAAGGUCUUCGUUCUGGUGGAGGCUUAUUAUUACCUUGA